AUGUCUUCAGCAGCAGGAAACCGUCGACCACGGCAGAUCACGCCAACAUCUCCCUCGCCCUCUCCCGAGCCUCAACCAGGCACAGCCAACGGCUCUUCCUCCACCAACGCUCCUGCACCCGCCUCAACUCUCGCGCAGCCAACGCAGUUCAAUCAGAUCGCCACCGCUCCGCCAACAGACCCGACAGAAGCGGUACGCGCCAACCUCGAAACAAGAGUGCGAUCCGUCGUCGACCUGCUUUACCAACUUGCCGUGUGCUCCGCAGACGUCCAAGAAGGCUCGCAGCACCUUGUCGCGAUUAAAGUCAACGAAUGCAUCCAAGCUCUCGCUGCUCUCGACGCUACCAAGGACGAAGUGCACAGAGCACACAUGAUGAUCCCGCAGGACGUGCUCGAGAUGCUGGACACGGGCAAGAAUCCCGACAUCCACACGCGCAACUUUGUCAACAGGUUGGCGAGCGAGAAUCAGUACAGUUACGGCCAGCACAGAGCGGUGCAAAGCUACAAAAACAGACUGGACGCUGCGCUCGAACAGGCGUUCCCGGAUUUGGCGCAGGUGCAGAGCGAAUCGGCAGGGACAAGCGAGUAG